AAAUAAAAAAUCAAAUCAAUUUUGCUUUCACACAUGCAUUCCCCACUUCACUAGGUUUUCUCCUCUAUUUAAUCAAUCAUUAGCUAACUUUCACUUACAAUAAACUCAUCUAUAUAAAUUCUCCAACCCCACUUUUUUCCCUCAUAUUCAAGAAUCAUCAAGACUUAGCUAGGGUUUCUUGGCUAUUCUUGUAUUUACUCUUGUUUUUUUUGUUGAUAAUGGAUGGCCAAAACAAGAACAGUGUAGGUGCUGUGGAAGUUAUGGAAAGCAGAGGGUUGAAGGAACAAGAGGGCAAAAUUAGUGGUUUGUUGGGUUUGAGAGUGUUGGCUUUGGUGUUGAGUCUGACUGCUGCUGUUGUUCUUGGUGUUGAUAAGCAGACUGAGACUGUUCCUAUUCAGCUUACGCCCAGCUUGCCACCUUUGAACGUUCCUGUUGUUGCUAAGUGGCAUUAUCUCUCUGCUUUCGUGUUCUCUGUGGUAUCAAAUGCCAUAGCAUGUGCAUACGCAGCAGUAUCAAUACUAAUAACUUGUAGUGCAAGGAAAAACACAAAUACGGUACCAAUAAUCUUGACUCUCGACCUAUUUAUGGUGGCAUUAUUAUUUUGUAGCAACGGAGCAGCCACAGCCAUUGGAUUAAUGGGCUACGAAGGGAAUUCACAUGUGAGAUGGAACAAAGUUUGCCACGUGUUCGGUAGAUUUUGCCAUCAAGUUGCAGCUGCUCUCGUCCUCUCUCUUAUUGCUUCCAUAGCUUUUCUCUUGCUUGUGAUGCUCACUGCCUUGCGCCUCCAUAGGAAAUCCAAAUAAAAAAAUUCACUCUUGUUGUAGCUUUUCUUUUUUUCCUAUCAUGUGAAGGUUUUUUGAGCUAUAAAUGUAUCACACCGAAGCUUCAUUUGAUUGAUUAAUAAAAUUAACAAAAAGUUCAUCAAA